AUGACGAUGCGAUACCGGCAUGUCAUCUCAAAGACCGCCCGCCGCACAACGCGCCGCUAUCCUUUCCUUCGCCAUGCCUCGAUCACCACCAUUGUCCUGAUACUAGUCUGGAUCUACGCGGUCUACAGCGGCGAACGAUCGACAUACGAAUCUCACAUUCGAGCGUGUCAUUGGGACAAGUGGGAAGAAUGGCCGCGCGAGGCAAGACCGCACCACUCCGUCUUCGUUGCCGAUCCGCAGCUUGUCGAUCCACAUACGUACCCGGGAAGGCCAUGGCCUCUGUCGAGCUUGACUGAGAAAUAUACGGAUCUAUACAUGAGCAGGAACUUCCGUCUCAUAAAUCAACAAUUGGAUCCAGACUCCGUGGUGUUUCUGGGAGACCUUUUUGAUGGAGGAAGAGAAUGGGCGACUAGCAAGGCUAGAUAUCUGAAGGCGAGUCAACGAGACACUCUGGUAAAGCUCGCCAUUCUUGGGGAGGGAGAGAAGGAGGGACAACGAGAGAGUCUGACCAAUGUCGACUUUGUCCAGGGCGAGAACGGCAGAUGGGCGAAAUGGGGAGGGAGGCAGUGGAAUGCCGACUUCGAUCGGUUCGGCCGAAUCUUCUUUGAUGCUGCGCAGCUGUACCCCGGCUCAGAAGUCGACCUCCUGCCUGCGUACGAUGUCCCAGUGGACCCAAUUAGCAUGGAGAAUGGCGCCAAGAACGUUACUUGGACUCAAUACGGCGUUACCAGUCGCAAAUAUCGACGGGUCAUGACAAGUCUGCCCGGCAACCACGAUCUUGGAUUUGGUUCGGGAGUGCAACUGCCGGUCCGCGAUCGCUUUCGGAGUCACUUUGGUGCUACUAAUAAUGUCUAUGUUCUCGGAAACCAUACCUUUGUCAGCGUUGACUCUCCCUCCUAUUCCGCUUUUGAUGAGUAUGUGCCUGGUGGAGAGGUCUCCGCGGAACGAAGGAAUCAGUAUUACAAGACUUGGAAGCCUACAAGCGACUUCCUCGAUGAUCUGGAGAGGAAGGCUCCGAAAGUGGUCGCAGAAACUAUGAAUGAGUACUUUCCUGGAUCGCACCCAAUCAAAGGCUUCCGACACGAGGCUAUCAACGCCAAUGAGAGCCAACCAGAGCCUCGAGACGUUUCGGACGUUCCUAAAGACAAACCAAUCCUGCCGGUGGUAUUGCUCACUCACGUCCCGCUUUUUCGCAAUCCAGAUACGGACUGUGGGCGCCUUAGGGAAAAGGGCAAAGCGAUCGCGGUGGCGCGAGGCUAUCAAUAUCAAAAUGUCCUCACCCCUACUCUGUCCAAUGCAAUCGUGAAAAAAGUGUCCACAGCCGGCGAUAUUAUGCACGUCUUCUCUGGAGACGAUCACGACUACUGUGACGUAACGCAUCGCUUUAACGUGGGUCGCUGGAAUGAAGAAGAGCAAAAAGACAAAGUCGAGAUGCGCACCAUGCGCGAGGUGACAGUGAAGAGCUUCAGCUGGGCUAUGGGUGUUCGUCGGCCUGGGUUCCUGCUCGUGAGCCUUUGGAACCCCGUGGAUGAGAUGGGCAACACAGUAGGGACACCAUUGCCAACUAUUGAGACCCAGCUUUGCCUAUUGCCCGACCAGCUCAGUAUUUUCAUCAACUACGCGAUCCUGCUCGGAUGGACAUUGCUUAUCCUCGUCAUUCGCGCCGGUUUAAAGGCUGCGCGGAAUCGCCAGAGCAUAGAUGAGGAGGACAGUGAAGACGACAUGGUGGGCUCGCGCCUCACUCUCCCGCGCUACCAGUCAAGGUUCAUCGGCAAGCAGGACAGUAAAACGAAUGGUUAUGCCAAUGGCCAUAGCUCCGCAAAUGGCGACGCCAAAGGACGGCAGCGCGCAUCUUCAACUUCGAUGUCUACAUCGAAUGGCAAUAACAACAACACGUUGGGCGUACAACGCAGUUUCAAUGCCAGGACCCGAAGCGUCUCGCCUGCUGCAGCCGUGACUGCCAGCAACAACUACAAUCCCAACACAAACGAAUAUGGCUUGCCUAAUCUGCAAGAGCAUUCUGGUCCACUGAUCGAGAGAGCUGGUUAUUACCCGCCAGUGAAGUGGCAGGAUCCGAACGAAUCUGAUGAAGAGUCACACCUUGGCGAUGAUGAGCAAGAUAGUCAGGCGAAGUGGAAAAAGCGAAGACGGCCACGAAGCAAAGCGAGGAUAGCCUUGGAUGAAUUUAUUGCAAGCGUGGCAUUUGUAGCCAUUCCAAGCGGACUGUUCUACGGCUUUCUCAUUAGAAAUGGAUGA